UCAAAACUCAAAUGAACAAUGAAAAUGAUUGAAAACUGUUGUUAGAACAUAAAAAUCAUUGAAUUUUAAAAAUAAUCUUAUUUAAUGUUCUACUUUUCAAAUUAAUGAAGUCUUAAUUAAUAUCAUUCUUUAUAAAGCAAAUUAUUAAGAUAUUCGAUAAUAUGCCAAAAAAGUUUGUCGGUGAAAAUAGCAAAGCUGUUGCAGCGCGACAGCGGAAAGAAAAUGCUAAGACGGAAAAAGAGCAAAAGGCUAAAAAGAUAAUUGAAGAUGCUGAAUGGGAAGAUAACGAUGAGCGACUUAAGAAAAAGCAACAAAAGAAAGAUGAACAGGAGAAAAAGCGCUUAGAACAAUUACAAAAGAAGGCUGAAGCUAAAGCUUUGCUGGAGAAGGAAAUGGAGUCGCUAAAGAGUAAAGUUGUACCUCCACCACCAAAAAUAACCAGGGCACAGAUUACUCAAAUGAAGGAGCGAGUUAUUAAGGCUGAACCUGAGAAACCAGUGCCUGCGCGAGUUGUAGUAGAGGAGCCACCAUUGGAAGAGAAUAUUAAUAGACUGCAGAUAGACGGAGAAUCAGCACAAACUAUAGAUGAAGCUUUAUCAAUACUUAGUGACAAAACUGAAGUUGAUAAACAUCCAGAGAAGAGAUUGAAAGCUGCAUAUACAGCUUUUGAAGAAGUUACUCUACCAAGGCUAAAGGCUGAAAACCCGACAUUAAGAUUAUCACAACUGAAACAAAUGCUUAGAAAGGAAUGGUUAAAAUCUCCAGAAAACCCACUAAAUCAAAGAACUUAAAUGUUAUUUAUGUACAGUAAUAUUAAUUAUAUUAUAAAAACUAGGUACUAACUUUAAAUAUAUUUAUUGAGUCUUGAAAGACAUUUGUUAAACAACAAAGUGUAUAAGAAAAUAAAUGGGUGUACAUCAA